GGUGAUAAAAACGACACCGUUUUGAAAUCCAAUUCGGUACAGCAAAGACGACGUCGUAUGCCAGCACCACUCCAUCUUCUUCCUCUCUCUCCUUCAUUCUUCCUUCAAUCUAACGCAGUUACUCAAAACCUAGAACAACACACAGGGAAAAUCAAGAUUAUUGAUCAAGAGGGUAUAGGUUUAAUUUAACACAUGCAAACGGAGGCCAGGGUUAGUGUCAUGAUGGAGGGAGGGCAAAGAGCUCUCAGUUCUGCUCAUGGUGGGGUGGUUUCUGUUGAGGGAGGUACCAGAAAUUUCGCUCCUAAAAAACAACAGUCCCUUCAACAAUCGCAGAUUGGGACGGUGUCGCAGCUUCUCUCUGGAGGUGUUGCCGGUGCUUUUAGUAAGACCUGUACCGCGCCACUUGCCCGCCUUACCAUUCUAUUUCAGGUGCAAGGGAUGCACUCUGAUGUAGCAUUGCUGAAAAAAGCCAGCAUUUGGCAUGAGGCUUCACGAAUUAUUCACGAAGAAGGAGUAAGAGCUUUCUGGAAAGGGAAUCUUGUUACAAUUGCUCAUCGUCUACCUUAUUCCUCUAUCAAUUUCUAUGCAUAUGAACACUACAAAAAGUUACUUCACAUGGUACCAGGUCUUGACCGUCGUAGGGAUCACAUGAGUGCAGACCUUUUAGUUCACUUCCUGGGUGGUGGCUUGGCAGGAAUUACAGCAGCAUCAAGUACAUAUCCGCUGGACCUUGUAAGGACUCGCCUUGCUGCUCAGACAAACGUGAUCUAUUACAAAGGUAUUUUGCAUACUCUGAGAACAAUUUGUAGAGACGAGGGUUUUCUAGGUCUUUACAAGGGACUUGGAGCAACAUUACUGGGUGUUGGUCCCAACAUAGCUAUCAGCUUUUCUGUGUAUGAAAGCUUGAGGUCUUUCUGGCAGUCUCGUAGGCCUCAUGAUUCUACGGUAUUGGUUAGUCUGACCUGUGGCAGUCUAUCAGGCAUUGCAUCCUCUACAGAGAAACAGGCUGUGGUGCAGGCUCUGCACCAAAGUAUUUAACCAGACUGACCCUAGAGACGUCUCACCAGACAGGAGUUGUGUUUUGUAUGGCAUUAUGAAAAUUUUAGUAAGGGAGUUGAUAAAAAUAAUUCCAUAUUACCACCUUAAAUUUUUAUUAUCAUAAGUUCAAAGAAUUCUUCCUAAAAUUGGUUUUUGUAAAGCUUUACGGUGGGGUUUAAAGGAGGUCGGCACUGUUAAUCAUAUACCUAUACUAGAAUAUCAUUUUCAGGUGUGAGAGGUGCCCCGUUUGAGGUAUGCUUGUCACUUGGGCUCUCUUUUACAUUUGUUACUGAUUUGUCAAUCCUUGAAGCCUAAGUAGUACAUCGUCUUUGAUGUCUUUGCCUUGGUCGAUUAUUAUGUGUAUGAACCUAGAACCAUUCUGUCUAUGCCUGAGUUAUCUUGUGGAAACUUGGGGUUGAUGAUGCAAACAUGCCAGCAUAAUCGUGCAUUUUGGUCCAUUACUAAUUUGAAAGUGCUCUGUGAAUAGGUCCAAAAUUGAGCAUUUCAAAGUGGUUAAACUACCGAGAUUAGUAUACAACCUUUUCUUUUGUAUUAAACAAUAAUUGAACACCAGUGGGUUAGAAACUUAGAAUCGUAGUUUCAGAGUACCUGGCUUUAAUGUCUGCAUACUUCAUUUUGCUUUCCAGCAGCUUUUCUCUGUUUGUGUGAAAUUUGCUGAAAUGCGAUUGUUGCCGAUUUCAACUUCGUGCCACUGAUGUGUAGUUGUUACUCUAUGAAGUGAAAUUGAAGGUCAUCUCUAACUGCCUACUUAACUGUUGAGCUUGGUUUAUAUUAUGUUACCACUAUAAUUUGCAGCAACCUUCCCCUUGGAUCUCGUGAGGAGGCGAAAGCAGUUGGAAGGAGCCGGUGGGCGAGCUCGAGUGUACACAACAGGCCUUGUCGGUGUAUUCAGACACAUAUUGAGAACGGAAGGCUUCCGUGGUUUCUAUAGAGGGAUUUUGCCCGAAUACUAUAAGGUCGUUCCUGGAGUGGGAAUUUGCUUCAUGACCUAUGAGACGCUGAAGAGCCUAUUAGCAGAUGCAAAUUCAAGAUUGUAGUUGAAGAAAAGGUUCUGCCGAUGGAAAUGAGAUUUUGUGGCAAAUAACAAAGAGAAUUUGUUGGUGGGAAAUCCUCAAAUAGUUUUGUACUUUCAGAUUGUAAGAUGUAACAUUUUUCCAUGUAUAGAUAUGUAGAGGUUCUUCAAAAAUAUACAAUAUGUAGCGAAAAGGAAAGGGUUCUUUUUUUUUUUUUUCUUUUUUUUCUUUUUUUUCUUUUUUGGUACUUUUGUUUGGAAAGGUUGGGCACAGGCGCCCAUAGUUGGUCCACAUUGUGAAGCAAGGCAUUGCCACAAUGAAAGAGGUAUUUUUUCUGUUUACUUAACCUUAAAGAUAGAGCAAAUGAUUUGUAUUGAACCAUUUUCUGCUGUGAUUUGGUAUGAAUACUCACGUCUUAGUUUAUUUAUAUGAUAUUUUUAAGAUUCUUAA